AUGAGGAGAAAGACAGAAAACAACCACAGCCCUCAGACACAAAGACACCCUCAGACACAAGACACCCCUCAGACACAAGACACCCCUCAGACACAAGACACCCCUCAGUCACAGUCCACACCUCAAACACAAGACACCCCUCAGACACAAGACACCCCUCAGACACAAGACACCCCUCAGACACAAGACACCCCUCAGACACAAGACACCCCUCAGACAGAAAACAACCACAGCCCUCAGACACAAAGACACCCUCAGACACAAGACACCCUCAGACACAAGACACCCCUCAAACAUAAGACACCCCUCAGACACAAAAGGCCCCUCAGGCACAAGACACCCAUCAGUCACAAGACACCCCUCAGACACAAGACACCCCUCAGACACAAGACACCCCUCAGGCACAAGACACCCCUCAGGCACAAGACACCCCUCAGACAAAGGACACCCCUUAGACACAAGUCACCCCUCAGACAGAAAACAACCACAGCCCUCAGACACAAAGACACCCUCAGACACAAGACACCCCUCAGACACAAGACACCCCUCAGACAAAGGACACCCCUUAGACACAAGUCACCCCUCAGACAGAAAACAACCACAGCCCUCAGACACAAAGACACCCUCAGACACAAGACACCCCUCAGACACAAGACACCCCUCAGUCACAGUCCACACCUCAAACACAAGACACCCCUCAGACACAAGACACCCCUCAGACACAAGACACCCCUCAGACACAAGACACCCCUCAGACACAAGACACCCCUCAGACAGAAAACAACCACAGCCCUCAGACACAAAGACACCCUCAGACACAAGACACCCUCAGACACAAGACACCCCUCAAACAUAAGACACCCCUCAGACACAAAAGGCCCCUCAGGCACAAGACACCCAUCAGUCACAAGACACCCCUCAGACACAAGACACCCCUCAGACACAAGACACCCCUCAGGCACAAGACACCCCUCAGACACAAGACACCCCUCAGACACAAGACACCCCUCAGGCACAAGACACCCCUCAGGCACAAGACACCCCUCAGACACAAGACACCCCUCAGACACAAGACACCCCUCAGACACAAGACACCCUCAGGCACAAGACACCCCUCAGACACAAGACACCCCUCAGACACAAGACACCCGUCAGACACAAGACACCCCUCAGACACAAGACACCCCUCAGACACAAGACACCCCUCAGGCACAAGACACCCCUCAGUCACAAGACACCCCUCAGACACAAGACACCCCUCAGACACAAGGCACCCCUCAGGCACAAGACACCCCUCAGACACAAGACACCCCUCAGACACAAGACACCCAUCAGACACAAGACACCCCUCAGACACAAGACACCCCUCAGACACAAGACACCCCUCAAACAAAAGACACCCCUCGGACACAAAACACCCCUCAAACACAAGACACCCCUCAGACACAAGACAUCCCUCAGACACAAGCCACCCCUCAGACACAAAACACCCCUCAAACACAAGACACCCCUCAAACAAAAGACGCUCAUCAGGCACAAGAUACCCCUCAAACACAAGACACCCAUCAAACACAAACCACGAAUCAGACACAACGAGACGCCUCUCAGACACAAGACACCAAUCAGACACAAGUUACCCCUAAGAAAAAAGACACCCCUCAGACACAAACAACCCCAAACACACAAGCCAUCCCUCAGACACAAAACAUCCCUCAGACACAAACCACCCCCCAGACACAAGACACCCCUCAGUCACAAGACACCCCUCAGUCAAAAGCCACACCUCAAACACAAGACACCUCUCUCACACAAGACACCCCUCAAACACAUGACACCCAUCAGACACAAACCAACCCUCCGACACAAGACACCCCUCGGACACAAAACACCCCUCAAACACAAGACACCCAUCAGAAACAAGACACCCUUCAGACACAAGACACCCCUCAGGCACAAGACACCCCUCAGACACGAAACUCCCCUCAGACACAAGACACCCCUCAGACACAAGUUACCCCUCAGACGCACGUCACCCCUCAGACACAAAACACCCCUCAGACACAAGACACCCCUCAGACACAAGUUACCCCUCAGACACAAAACACCCCUCAGACACAAGUUACCCCUCAGACACAAGUUACCCCACCCUUCUAUCUCCAUCCUCUCCAUGUUGACCAGAAGAUAGUAAAAACACAUGUUGAGACAACGGUGGCCUCAAAGACACCCUCUAGCCCUGGGUUUAUAGUAUUCACUAUUCUCACAUUCCAUGCCCUCCCUGGCCAGUCGGACAGUGGACAGCUGGUGACUAAUUGUUCCCAGAUGGCGGGAAAUAGCCUGAGCAGACGAUAG